AUGGUGACAGUCGGUGUGUUUUCUGAGAGGGCUAGUUUGACCCAUCAAUUGGGGGAAUUCAUCGUCAAGAAACAAGAUGAGGCGCUGCAAAAGAAGUCAGACUUUAAAGUUUCCGUUAGCGGUGGCUCUUUGAUCGAUGCUCUGUAUGAAAGUUUAGUAGCGGACGAAUCACUAUCUUCUCGAGUGCAAUGGUCUAAAUGGCAAAUCUACUUCUCUGAUGAAAGAAUUGUGCCACUGACGGACGCUGACAGCAAUUAUGGUGCCUUCAAGAGAGCUGUUCUAGAUAAAUUACCCUCGACUAGUCAGCCAAACGUUUAUCCCAUGGACGAGUCCUUGAUUGGCAGCGAUGCUGAAUCUAACAACAAAAUUGCUGCAGAGUACGAGCGUAUCGUACCUCAAGUGCUUGAUUUGGUACUGUUGGGCUGUGGUCCUGAUGGACACACUUGUUCCUUAUUCCCUGGAGAAACACAUAGGUACUUGCUGAACGAAACAACCAAAAGAGUUGCUUGGUGCCACGAUUCUCCCAAGCCUCCAAGUGACAGAAUCACCUUCACUCUGCCUGUGUUGAAAGACGCCAAAGCCCUGUGUUUUGUGGCUGAGGGCAGUUCCAAACAAAAUAUAAUGCAUGAGAUCUUUGACUUGAAAAACGAUCAAUUGCCAACCGCAUUGGUUAACAAAUUAUUUGGUGAAAAAACAUCCUGGUUCGUUAAUGAGGAAGCUUUUGGAAAAGUUCAAACGAAAACUUUUUAG